AUGCAACGUAAACUAGAUUAUGAUGAAACAACUCAAAUAGGUUCAUUAACAAAGAAAAUAAAAACUUCGAAUAUAAUUAUGGAUCAAACAAAAUUAAACAAUAAUAAUAAUAAUAAUAAUACUAGUAUAUCAUUGAACACCAAACAAUCGUUACAUACAUUUGUAAUGAAUACUGACAAACAUUCUAAAAAUAAUGCAUUAAAAUUGGCUAUUUUGUCUCAGUUACCAACUCAGUCUUCAUCAUCAGUGUUUCCUAGUCGAAAACGACGAUAUCGUAAAUCUCAAGAAGUCUAUAAUGUUAAUACUUUAAUACCUUGUUCAACAACACAAUCAAAUGGUGAAAUACGAAAGAAGUCGGAUCUUUCUUGCGUUGUUUGUCGUGCUGUUGCACAUGGAUACAAUUUCGAUGCAAUAUCAUGUGAAUCAUGUAAAGCAUUUUUUCGAAGAAAUGCACUUUUUAAUACGGAUCGAUUAAAAUGUCGUCGUGAUGGAACUUGUGAAAUAACACAUGAAACAAGGCGUAGAUGUAAAUCAUGUCGAUUAAAAAAAUGUUUUGCUGUUGGUAUGCGAAAAGAAUGGAUUUUAACCGAAGAAGAAAAAUUACAUAAGAAACAUCGUAUUGAAGAGAAUAGACGACUUCGAGCAUCUAAUACAAAUUAUCAUAUAUCAUCAAAAGAUUCUAUGAGAACACAUGAUUUAAAUUUACAAAAUGAUUUUCUUGAUAAAAUUGAAAAAUCUUCAUUGAAAUCUAAAUCAUAUGAUCAAUGUAAUAAUAUUAUAAACAAUGUUGUUAUAGCUUAUCAUGAUAGAAUCAAAUUGGAUCUUACUGGUUAUGGUUGGUCAUAUCCAUUAGCACGGAAAAUUACUGGUUUAUAUCAAAUAAUUAAUGCAAAAAAUACUACAGCACUUCAUCUUAUAAGCUUUUAUAAAAGUUUACAUGAUUUUGACAUUCUUAGUGAAAGCGAUAAAAUCAAUCUAAUCAAAAAUAAUUUACGUUAUAUAUUUUUUUUCAAUGCUUCUCUUAAAUAUGAUCCAGUUCAUGAUGUUUAUCAUGAUGAAAAUACUAAUGAUAAACCAUUGUAUGGUGUUCAUAUUUGUGAAGCAUAUGGUAUUGAUCAUUAUGUUCGAUGUACAAAGAUUAUACGUGCCUUACAUUCAAUUGUUCAAAUUGAUAAACGUAUAAUGCAAGUUGCACUUGUCAUCUUUCUUUUUUCUAAAGGUCUUUCGAUCACGACAAAUUCAAAUGAACCAUCAAUAAAUAAUUAUAAACAAAUAUUUCAUAUACAAAAUAAAUAUGCUAAACAUUUAUGGUUAUUUAUCGAGAAAACUUAUGGAUAUAUUCGAGCUGUUCAUAUUUUUUCAACAUUAAUUAGUAAAUGUUUACUUAUUCAAGAACUUAUUUGUGAUACUCAACAUGAAGUAUAUGAAGAACUUGAUAGAUAUCAAGUAUCAUCUUAUCUACAGAGUAUUAUACAAACAGCAUAA